AUGAGAGAAAUUAUCCACUUGCAAACUGGUCAAUGCGGUAAUCAAAUUGGACAAAAGUUCUGGGAGGCCAUCUCUGCAGAACAUGGUCUUGAUCCUAGUGGUGCCUAUGUUGGUGACAGCGACUUGCAACUAGAACGUAUCAAUGUCUAUUAUACCGAAGCUAUGGGAGGAAAAUAUGUACCUAGAGCUCUCCUAAUAGAUCUUGAACCAGUCACAAUGGACUCGAUCCGAGCUAGCCCAUAUGGAGGCCUCUUCAGACCCGAUAACUUUGUAUUUGGGCAAUCUGGAGCAGGCAACAAUUGGGCCAAAGGAUACUACACUGAAGGUGCUGAAUUGGUCGAUUCUAUCUUGGAUGUUCUACGAAAAGAAUCCGAGGCCGCAGAUUGCCUUCAAGGCUUCCAAGUGACACAUUCACUAGGAGGUGGUACUGGCUCUGGACUUGGUUCGUUGCUAUUAUCUAAAAUUCGUGAAGAAUACCCGGAUCGUAUGUUAUGUACCUUCUCGGUUGUUCCAUCGCCCAAAGUGUCGGAUACCGUCGUCGAACCAUACAAUGCUGUGCUUUCUGUUCACCAACUGGUAGAGAACAGUGAUGAAACUUUCUGUAUUGAUAACGAAGCUUUAUAUGAUAUUUGCUUCCGCACAUUAAAAUUGACAAAUCCUACUUAUGGUGAUCUUAAUCAUUUGGUUUCUGCCGUCAUGAGUGGAAUAACCACAUGUCUACGAUUCCCUGGUCAACUUAAUAGUGACUUGAGAAAAUUGGCUGUUAAUAUGGUUCCCUUCCCACGUCUGCAUUUCUUCAUGGUCGGAUUCGCACCUCUAACUGCGCGUGGAUCGCAAUCUUUCCGAGCCCUCACAGUUCCAGAAUUGACCACACAAAUGUUCGAUGCACGUAAUAUGAUGGCAGCCUCCGAUCCGCGCCACGGCCGAUAUCUAACAGUUGCUACGAUUUUCCGUGGUAAACUUUCCACCAAAGAAGUUGAACAACAAAUGCACAACGUACAAAUGAAAAAUUCGUCAUACUUUGUCGAAUGGAUCCCUUCAAAUGUAAAGACAGCCGUGUGUGAUAUCCCCCCGAUUGGCCUCAAGAUGUCUGGCACCUUUGUCGGCAACAGUACAUCCAUUCAAGAACUCUUCAAACGUAUCAAUACCCAAUUCGUAGCAAUGUUUAGACGAAAGGCUUUCUUACAUUGGUAUACAGGUGAAGGUAUGGACGAGAUGGAAUUUACUGAAGCAGAGUCAAAUAUGAACGAUCUUGUGUCAGAAUAUCAACAAUAUCAGGACGCAGCUGAGUUCUAG